AUGGCGAAAAAGAAGAAGGAGAAAAAACCUUGCUGCCAUCUCGCUGGUGCCCAAGAUACUAGCACUGGAACUGCAUACGACAAUAUGGGUAAAGCUAAGGAGGACGCGCUGAGGGCAAGCCUCAAAAGAUACUUUGAUGCCUCCAAGUUUACGGAUCUUGUUAUUCGAACCGCAGACAAGGAUAUUAAAGUCCACAAAGUAGUCGUCUGUGGGCAAUCGGAGUACUUCAGCCGCAUAUUUGACGGGGACUGGAAGGAGGCUACGGAAAACGUCGUUAAUUUUUCAAAUGAUGAUGACCCUGUCACCGUUGAGGCAAUGGUCCGUUUCAUGUAUGAAGCCGACUACGAUGCGAGUGGCAGCAAUAAUAUGCUCUUCCAUGCCAGAGUGUAUAAAGUCGCAGAGAAAUACAUCAUCCCUGACCUGAAGGAAAAGGCUUUGGAGAAAUUCGAAGCUGCCGUGCGUACUUGUUGGGGUACAGAUGACUUUCCCUCCGCUAUCGAAGAAGUCUAUACAAGCAUCCCCGCUAUCGACCGAGUGCUGCGUGAUGUCAUUUCACAAACUGCCUUUGAGAAUAUCGAGUCAUUGUUGCGAAAGGAUGGCUUCCAGUCAGUUUCAGUAGUUAGAGCUGCUUGGGCUCUCUGCAGCUCUCGUCCGGCUCCUCGCUGGUGGACAACUGAUGAGAAGAUAUGCCAGUCUUGUGGUGAUGACAACGAGUUCUCACUGCCUAGGUAA